AUGAUUCAAUACAUCAAACAACAAGCAUUGUACCUUGCAAUACUAUGCAGCGCAGCACUGACUUUGAACAGAGUCUCCCCUGCUAAUGCAGAAAACUUAGCACAUGGCCGAGUCACCGUAUUGGAUGGAAUCCCUUAUUAUGUGGACGAUAUCCCGGUGUCUCGGCUGCUCGAUGUACCGGCAUCUACGCUGAACUCCGCCAACCUUUCUGAUGUUGAUAUUUUGCCUAUGACCGUCAUAUCUAGCAAUACCUCCGAUUUUACCGGCAGUGAGCUCAAUGCUACUAUAGCCGAGUACUCUACGCGAGAUGAUGUGUUUAGCUUGGCUUUCCUUAACACAAUCUACCUCACGAACACUAAACACGGCUCCGCUGCUAUCGAUGUGCAAUCAACACUUCCGGAGCUUCACAGAAACGGCAAUUCGGUUCUCAUGGUCUCGCCAGAGUACCACCCUAGUGAAACAGCUCAUCCAGCGAUGAAGACGCGUCUUUCGCUGGAAUUGUCGGUUGGUCCUUACUUUCUGUCGACAAAAACUGGACAGAUCUUUAAGGCACAUCGACUGUAUGAGGACCCUCAAAUGGCUUUUCUUGAAUCCUCAGUCAGCGACGGAAUGGGUGGAUACCGCCCACCUCCUGGACGGAGUAUCGCUGUUCCUUCACGGUUAUACUAUACAGUAACAGCAGAGAAGCCUUUGGCUGGUCUUCGGCUCGGAGUAAAGGACAUAUACCACAUCAAAGGACUGCGAACGAGUGGCGGAAAUCGUGCAUACUAUUCCCUGUAUGGACCGCGCAAUGCCACAGGCACGGCUGUUCAGCGUCUCAUUAAUAAGGGUGCUGUCUUUGUGGGGAAGAUGGGCACCGUCCAAUUUGCCAAUGGUGACAGGCCUACUGCUGAUUGGGUGGACUUUCACUGCCCUUUCAACCCUCGAGGGGAUGGCUACCAGGACCCCAGCGGUUCCUCCACCGGCCCUGGCGCUGGUAUGGGCGCAUACGACUGGCUUGACAUCGCCGUGGGGAGUGACACAGGCGGUUCGAUGCGUGGCCCAGCCGGCGCUCAGGGCUUAUUCGGCAAUCGACCCAGCACGGGCGCUGUUCAAUUAGAUAACGUCAUUCCUCUUUGCUCUGGUCUCGAUACCGCGGGCGUCUUUGCUCGGAGUGCGCAUACUUGGGCUCGUGUCGCCCAUACCUGGUAUCAAUACUUCGAUGGCGACUAUCGGUCAUACCCUAAAAGGCUCUUGUAUCCGAGAAACUCGUUCACGCCAAAGGCUAUUAACAACACAGAUGCGUCAGCAGUGAUUGAGAGAUUUGUGCUAAAGCUAGAAACGUUCCUUGGGGCGCAGCGCACCCAUGUCGAUAUCAAUUCUGCUUGGAAUUCCACCCGGCCCUCUGACGCGCCCGAUACUACAUUGCAAGACAUGCUACACUAUACAUACGGAACCCUCAUUUCCGUACACCAAUGGCUUCACCUCGGUGCUCCUUUUUUCCAAGACUACGCUGCAAAGCACGAUGAUCGCACUCCAUACAUAAAUCCCGGUCCCCUACUUCGCUGGAACAUUGGCAAGGAAGCACAGCAAGAAGGGUGGGAUAAAGCGUGGCAGAACAAGACUAUCUUCCAGCAUUGGUGGAAUGGGGAUACCGGUUUCGGAGCUCAUGAUAAUGAAACUUGCUCCGACGCCAUCUACAUCUAUCCGAACAGUGUGGGAUCUGUCAGUUACCGUGAUGAAUAUUUCGGCCCUCCGUCGCCUCCAUUCUGGGGUAUGAGCGAUAGCAACAUUGCUGUUUUCGCUGGAGUUCCAGACCUGGUUGUUCCAAUUGGCGAAGUCCCUUACAACAGCACCAAGAGCGGCAAGACUGAGUAUCUGCCUGUCACUAUGAGCUUGGUCGCGGCUCGCAGCUGUGACCUGAUGCUGGCAAAUAUGGUUCGGGAAAUGGAAGCACAGGACAUACUCAGGCCAGUUGCUGUUGGUCCAAUGUUGUACCCUUCGAAGGGUUAUCCAUCUUCAAAUGUUGGAGGUAAACUCGACUAUUUAGGAUAG